AUGGAGACGACACAACUAGCAUUUACUGAUUCUGCCCAGGAAAUUAAUUAUUGGAAAUCUAUAGCCAACGAAGCCAAUCAAACGGUUCAGCAACUUAAAGAUGAAUUGGAAGAAUUUCAGGAAGAGAGUCAUGAUUUAGAAGCUGAGUUGGAGGCACAAUUAAAACAAGCUGAGAAUCGGGCUAAAGAUUUAACGAUAACGAAGGCAAAAUUAGAACAAGAGAACGAAGUUUUAAAGGAAAAGUUUGACACGCUUUAUAAGGAGAGUUAUCAAGUAACAACGCGGUUACAAGAUGAAUUAGCCACGGCCAAUAGCACUAAAGAAGAAUUACAGAAGCACUCACGCAAGCUUGAGCAAAAAAAUGACGAUUACGAACGUGCGGAAAGGUCGACAGCGGUAACUUUACAAGAUUUCGAAAAUAGAUUAAAUCAGGCCCUUGAAAAAAAUGCUUUAUUGGAAAAUGAAUUAGAUGAAAAGGAAAAAUUGGUUAUCUUAGUUCAGCGAUUAAAGGAUGAGUGCAAAGAAUUAAAAGAAGAGUUUACCGCUCGUCAAGUUACAGCCGUUGAUACUAAAGAUGUUGCUACGUCGCCUAUCCGAGAAGUCGCAGGGAGCGACUACAUAAUCUCGCCAUUUAAAUUUUCAGUAUCGAGCUCUCCUCGAAAUCGUUCAUAUAAUAGAAAUGGCGCUGCAUCUCCUCGAGAUAUCGUCGAUUACGGAAAAAAAAUUUCUAAUCAAGAUUCGAAUCUUCCGGUGAAUGCUCGUGUAAAUGCUAUGAACAUAGUUGGAGAUUUACUAAAGAAAGUUGGGGAUUUGGAGUCUAAGUUGUCGUCUUGCAGGAACCUUGUAAAAGAGCAAGUCCGAUUUAACAAAAUCGAGAAUGAUAUCAAUGUGUAUGCAAACACUAGUAAAGUGCGUGCAGCUUUAGAAGGUAUAAUAUCUGCAUCAGAAAAUUUUGCUAUCACUGUCGAUGCAAUGAUUUUUGUCAAUAUAUUUGACGUCUGUAAAUGA